AUGGCUAGUGUAUUUUCCGAAAUUUUCUUUAGUAAUGAUGAUUUUGUCAAAUAUAACAAAUGGUGCAACACCUGUCCCAUAAUCCCUCCCAAUGUGCCGAUCAAGCAGACCUUUAAGUCUUGGUUGGAGACCAGUUGUCCCAUGAGUGAUGCCAUCAUGCGCAGUUAUGAACUGCUUCAUGAGAUCAUCUUUACCGCCAAGCACAAUUGGACUCUUUCCAUUACUUAUCACUUGGGCCGCCCUCUCAAUCGCCGUCCUGGCUGCAGCCCUGAUCUGCUCUUUAGCUUUAUCGUCGAAAGCCUUAAGAGCGGGUUCAAGGCUUUUAACUUCUUUCUUAAGAUCUUUUGUGACUUCGUUUUGGAAUUUCUGCGUAAUUGUUGCAUUAAUCUCUUUCUUCAAAUCACCCAAUCUACUGUCCACGGCUUGGGCGGGGCUUUCUUGGUUGGGCGGAGGAAGGGAAUUGUUUGUCGCCGCGGUAAGCUGACCGUGAAGUGUCCGAGCAAUAGGUGUUAUUUGGUCCAAGAUUUUUGCGAUGUUUGUGUCUGUUGGCUCGAGCAGCACAGAAUUCAGUUCGUUGCCCACCUGGCGGGCCACCGAGGACACGACAACAACGGUGGUGGCGAUGGCUUGAGUGAGGAUGCAUUUUUGGUCUGUGCACUCUAG